GAUUACCGCACAGACUCGACCGCAUGCGAUGCUACUCGUACUUACUGUAGUACGAACGAGAUAGUAGGGUACCAAGUGCGUACGGUUCGUACUUCAAGAAUACUGUACUACGAUGGCAUCAUCUCGAAGAUCUCGGUACUACCGGUAGGGUAAACAAAAAUUCUGGUCAGAAAAGAAACCUCUGAAGGAAUUGGCUCAAAAGUUGAGUUACCUAGGACAAGCAGCAAGAAUGCCUUAAAAAUGAUGGUUGUUGCUCACCAGAUCUCAUUGUUAUACAUUACUUCUCUCCUCGGACUGCUGCUACUGGCGCAGCGUUGCGAUAGCUUUGUCGCCGGCCCACCAGCGCCCUUUUUGGGUUGCACAAGUACCGCGCUUCAAAACGACAAGUUCCGCCGGGACAUCGACGAAAAAAGCCGGCAGAAAGCUUCCGCCUCCGGUGGGAGUGUGGCCGCGGGCGCAAUUUUGGGGGGUCUCGUCGGCGGACCCUUUGGUGCCCUCUUCGGGGCCUCGAUCGGGAGCAACCUCGGUGCCAAGCAGGCCUUUGAUCAAGCGCGAAAGGAAGAAAUGCGCAAAAAGGGAAUCACCCAGGAGAUGCUGGACGCGGCGGAGGAAGUUGGGUACGCCCUCGAGCAGUCCUUCGAGGGAAUGGAAGCCACCAGGGAAAGCCUGAGAUCACAGCAGACUUUAGCCCGGAGAAUCGACGAGGACGCGAACAGCAGCUACGAAAAGGCCAAGGAGGCCAUGGCGGCCGGCAAGGAAGAGGAGGCAAAAUCCUUUUUGCUGAAACGACACGAGCACCAGGAGUACCUGAAAACAAUUCUGGUGCGGUGUGCCGAGGAAAAGAGCCGCAUCGAGGUGAUGGAGCGCAACGUUGACGCCCUUCAAAAGCGUGCGUUGGAGGUGGAGGCAAUGUUGCAGAGGGCCGUUGGCGCCAAGGCCCGCCAGGACUCUUCCGAUCUUGUGGGUUCGAUUUCCGAUACGGAUUUUUCGCUGUCUCGUGAAGAUCCGCUUCUGCAAAAGUUCAAGGACCUAGGAAUCGAUUGAGUCGUUAGCUCCUGAAUACCGGGACAAGUUGUUACGAGUUCAUGUUGCUAAUACAACAGCAUACGAGAA